AUGUAUCCUUCAAACAAGGUGAACAGCUUCAAGGACUCUCUGUCCUCAUCCGAGUGGCUCAGAACAGGCUUGAAUCGCCGGAAUGGUGACGCAAACCACCGAAACACCGUACUUAUUCUCUCAGCACACGCAAGUGUCCUGCCCUUCUACAGAAAACAAAUUUAUCCAUGUACUAAACGUAUACUACACAGCAUGCCGCCGCCAAACAUUUGUUGCAAGACGAGCUUACUGGUGAUCAAGCAAACCUCCAACGCCACUAGUCUCCUAGGAAGUGAACUUUCCGGUGAUCUUGGCCAAAACAUGCAAGACAAUGACAGAGAAAAUGAAUCCCACAGCCAAAAAAAGCACAACCAAAGGAUCAACUCUCAAACCUUGAGCCUCGUCUGUGAACAACUUCAACAUGUUAGCCGAAGAACCACCGGCGCCUGCGGCUCUUGUGGACAAGGGCAUUUGGUUAGCGUCCUUCGACUUCUUGUCAGCGGCAUUUCUUCUCUUGGCGGCGCUUCUCAAUCCACCUGGGGCAACUGCAGACGAAGACUAUAUGUUAGUUACAACUUUCUCUCAUUUUGCACUCGGCAAACAUACCAUUAUUGUAUGGGCAACAGGUGUAGUGACAGAUUACUGAGUACACGUCGCUGA